CUUAAUCCCUUCAUUGUCUCCGCUGGAGAGUUCAUAAAUCCUUUACCGGGAGAGUUUUGCUCUCGACGACGGGAAACGACCAGUGUUUGACCGGAAACCCAAUCGACGACUGCUGGCGGUGCGACCAGAACUGGGCCAACAACCGGCAGCGUCUAGCGGACUGCGGCAUUGGGUUCGGGCAGUCGGCGAUGGGCGGCAAAGGCGGCGAGAUCUACGUGGUCUCGGACUCCUCCGACGACGACACGGUGGAGCCGAAGCAGGGCACGCUCCGGCACGCGGUGAUCCAGACGGAGCCGCUCUGGAUCGUGUUCGCCGCCGACAUGACCAUAAAGCUGAAGCACGAGCUGAUAUUCAACAGCCACAAGACCGUCGACGGGCGCGGCGCGAACGUGCACAUCACCGGCGGCGGCUGCAUCACGCUGCAGUACAUCAGCAACGUCAUCAUCCACAACGUGCACAUUUACGAUUGUGUCCCGACGGGGAACACUAACAUACGGUCGACCCCAACGCACGUCGGGUGGAGAAGCAAAUCGGACGGCGAUGCGAUAUCCGUGUUCGGGUCAAGGAAUAUCUGGAUCGACCACUGCGCUUUGUCUCACUGUACAGAUGGCUUGGUUGAUGUCAUAAUGGGGUCCACCGCCAUCACGAUCUCCAAUAGCUUCUUUUCCCACCACGAUGAGGUUAUGCUUUUGGGACAUGACGAUAAAUACUUGCCUGACACCGGUAUGCAGGUUACAAUUGCAUUCAAUUACUUUGGAGAAGGGCUGGUACAAAGAAUGCCUAGAUGCAGAAGAGGGUAUAUACACGUGGUCAACAACGAUUUCACGGAAUGGCAAAUGUAUGCCAUCGGCGGCAGCGCUAACCCCACCAUCAACAGCCAGGCCAACCGCUACGCCGCCCCCGCCAACCCCAGCGCCAAGGAGGUCACGAAGCGCGUGGAUAUCGUGGACGAGGGAGAAUGGAGUGACUGGAACUGGAGGACAGACGGGGACAUAAUGGUGAAUGGAGCGUUUUUCGUGCCUUCCGGCGACGGGCAGAGGCUGACAACUCAAUAUGCCAAGGCGUCAAGCCUGGAGCCGAAGUCAGCGGAGCUCGUUGACCGGCUCACCAUGAACGCUGGUUGCCUCGGAGGAUCCAGGGAUAACAAGUUCGGUGGGGGGACAACCAGCAGCGGCUCAAGCCAGCCCGGCACCGGCGAUGGCAACUUCUUUGAAAUGAUAUUUGGGAGCGGGACUCGAGCAUCAUCAACCCCUACUCCGACCACCACCUUUUUUCUCUCUCUUUUAAUUUUAAGUUUGUACAUUAGCUUCAGUGGAGCUGGGCAACUAUGAUGUACACUGAUUAUUUAUGUAGAAGAAGAAAUCAAGUAAAAAGAAUGAUUACCCCAUUUUUGAAGAAAUGAUGAAAGAAAAUUGGUGGCAUCAUACAUUUCACCCUGUCUCACACUCUCACCCUUCUGUGCAUAUAAUAUUGUGCAAACUUCCUAUGGACCUGUAAUCUGACUCAAUAACC